GGAGGAAGUUUGGAUUGUGUUCGCACAUUGCUUGCAUGGGGAGCCGAUCAGCUCCAGAGAGAUUCAUCUGGGCGAAUACCUUAUUCUGUAGCUAUAAAGCACAAUCAUGGAGCUUGUGCAGCUUUGCUAAACCCAUCAGCAGCAGAACCUCUUGUUUGGCCUUCUCCAUUAAAGUUCAUCAGUGAACUUGAUCCAGAUGCAAGAGCUCUUCUAGAAGUAGCUCUGAUGGACGCUAACAAGGAAAGCGAGAAAAUAAUAUUGAAUGAAAGAAAAAAAUUGUUGUCUCCUGCAAAUGUGGAUGAAGCAUUUCAUGAUGAUGCUUCUGAGCUCCUACAGCUUAAUUCUGCAUAUUUGAUUGCCAAGGGAAAUUUGUAUACUCGGUCACGUGAAGAUGCAGCCAGUAAGUUGCUGGAAAAGGCUUUAAAGAUUAAGUUGGGAAGAGGAUUUUAG